AUGGUUCAACUCCACAACCGGGCCGUCCAUAUCAUCCUCCUCGUCCUCGUCCUCGUCAUCAGCACCGUCAUCGCCAUCACUCACAACCGAAUCCACGCAGGCUGCCACCACCGGUUCUAUUCCACUUCCCAGACGACUCGAACAAGCGUUAACAUUCUGUUGGCCCCUACUUCUCAGUCGCAGUCGCAGUCGCAGUCGCAGUCGCAGCCGCAGUCGCAGUCGCAGCCGCAGUCGCAGUCGCAGUCGCAGUCGCAGCCGCAGUCGCAGUCGCAGCCGCAGUCGCAGCCGCAGUCGCAGUCGCAGUCGCAGUCGCAGUCGCAGUCGCAGUCGCAGCCGCCGCUGUUACCGUCACUGCUGUCCCUACCUCCGGGUGGUAAGGGCACCUUUUUAGCGGGCUCUAGCAGCCAGAUGCCCGCCUCGGAUAGCUCGUCAACCACACACGAGCCGUUUACCAAUGCAACCAGUGGGAUCAACACAGUCCGUACAUCCGCCGAGCCGCAAUCAGAGUCAACGACAAGAGCGGAUAGCACCUCGGCGGCAACUAGCUCGGACUCCCCUGCAUCAGACCAGAAAGGCUCGGGUGCAGGCAGUAUUGUCAUCAUUAGGCCGGACCCGACUGUACUAGCAAUGACGGCAACGACGGCAACGACGGCAACGACGGCGAAUUGCACUACCUUUCAAGAUCCUUGGGAUCCUUUAAUCGUCUAUUCAGUAGUUCACACAUCAACCGUGACGUUCUACGGCAAUCCCGCCGAAUACACGCCGCCUUUUCAGCCUAUCCUAACGCCAUCAUACUGCGCCGAUUUGGUGAGUACACCUGUUGCGGUAAGCGCGACGACAAGCGCGACGGCAAGCGCGGGCGGAAACGCUGCCGGAAACGGGACAUGGACCGUUAUCGGAAACGCGACAUGGACCGUUAUCAUGGCCGGGAGCGCUGGCUUGACCGGGAGCGAAAUAAUGAUUAUACCAACUCCCGUCCAACGACCGGUUGUCACAUUUGUCACAACGGACAAGAAUCCCGCCGUUGUUUUUUCUUCCAACGUCCCACCGAAUUACCGCCAAACAGGGACCAAUCCCUUUCCACCACCUCUGGUGCACAAGACUGUUAAGAUUCUUGAUGCGUCUCCUGCCGCUGCGCCUGAUGCUGCUGCGCCUGAAGUUGCUGCGCCUGAUGCUGCCUCGUCUCCUGCUGCCGCGUCUCCUGCUGCUACGUCUCCUGCUGCUGCGUCUCCUGCUGCCGCGCCUGAUGCUGCCGCGCCUGAUGCUGCUUCGUCUCCUGCUGCUGCGUCUCCUGCUGCCGCGCCUGAUGCUGCCGAGUCUCCUGCUGCUGCGUCUCCUGCUGCCGAGUCUCCUGCUGCUGCGUCUCCUCCUGCUGCGUCUCCUGCUGCUGCUGCGUCUCCUGCUGCUGCUGCGUCUCCUGCUUCUGCGUCUCCUGCUGCCGCGCCUGAUGCUGCCGCGUCUCCUGCGGCAUCUAUGCUUCCUGAAGCCUCGGCUGCCGGCAAAUCUCCUCCGCCCAUUGGAUAUCCACUUGUCGUUCAAACUCUCAGUGCCGACGGCCAGCCUCCGUCCCCCACUUUCAGCAUCUCGGCGAGGGGCAAUCAGGUGGUUAUCAACUCGCAGACCUUUUCGGUCGGGCCAGGCGCCACCACGGUAGUCUCUGUCGACGGAGGUCACUUUACCAUUGAUCCGACAGCCAUUGUCGGCGAAGGAGGCACCGUUGCAAAGCCACCUCCCGGCCCCACAGUCUUCGCCGUCGCAACUCCUACAAGUGGUGCCGUCGGCGGGCUCGAUGUGACCCUGUCAGGCUCGCAAGUCGUCGUCGGAGACGUCACCAUGACCGCGUUGCCGCCCUACGGCACAACGGCCAUGGUGAGUGGCCGAAGCGUGACCAUCGUGCCGGACAAGAUUGUGGUCGGUGCAAACGUGCUCCACUUCAAUCCGCCACCGACCGGACGCGACUGGGAUGUCGUCGUCAUGGGCGGCGAGAUGCUCAGCGCCGUCGGCCAGAGCGUUGUAGUUGUGCACUCAAAGACAAUCACCUACGGGCCCGGGGCCGCCGCCCUGACGGAAGUCGUCAACGGGGAUGCCAUCACGGUAGGCCCGGCAGGCGUGGUUGUGCACGGAUCCACGGUUGGCGGCGCCUCGGCCGAUGCGUUGGCCACGCGGCUGGAGAUUGUCGGAGGAGCCACCGUGACCAAGAUUGCCCCGUCCAUCGGCAUCAUCAACGGCGUAGCGUUCACCCUCGGCGCCGGCUCGCAGCUCACGACGACGGAGAUUGGCGGCCAGCUCUUCACCAUCGGCCCCUUUGGCAUCGCCGCGUCGACAGUGACCAUGGUCUUUCCAUUUGGGGCCUCUGUCACGACGACCAUCGUCCCCACCGGGACCUGGCUGAGCCAGUUCCCCGCGCAAAAAACCAACAGGAUCGACGAGGCGGUGGACAGCGAGGGCAGCUCAAUGAGACGGAGCACGCCCACGGCAUGGAUGGCACUUUUUAUCAUAGCGACUGGCGUUUGGGUUCUUGCAUAA